AUGAUAAGAUAUGACGGGAUUCAGGUUCAAGUUUUUGAGAUCAAUAGCUCGGCGGCCGUGCAAGUCCAUCCUGGACAGGAACGCACGUAUGAUGACGUUGAACAACUGGUGGACGACGCGGUGGCAGUUAUUGAAGAGACGACCAUUAGCCAGGAACCAGUUGAUCUGAGCUACCCAUCCAGCAGUCAAGGGCCGCAAACGAGAGGGUUCGUAAUGGAAGCAGUGGCUAGGAUUAAUGAAAAAUCCAAGGUCGAUCCGGUGAUCGAGAAGGCCAGCAAACCGGUGGAAAACAACCGAAAGGAACUACCGUCGGAGCUGACCUGCAUCGGUGAGGAUGAUACGUAUUUGCCGUCCUAUUUGGAAGCCAUUUGUGGCGAUUUGUUGCACGGAUCUUCUGGACCUAGCGGAGGCAGGAAGCCGAGUGUCAGAUUGAAACUGGUCAAUGCGCUGAAGCGAAAGUCUAGCUUCAAGGAGAAAAGUGAUGUGUGGACGGUGCUGGAGAUGGUACCGAAGCCGUUGAUGACGAUGCGUUUCCUCUAUCAUCGUGGUAACUUGUUGAUGUUUCCUCCUGGUAUGAUCGGCCAUGUGCCCAAAAAGUUGACGCCACAGUCGGUGGUUCUGAGUGGGAAAAUUAUCCAAACGUAUAAUGAUCCACAGAGUGUAGAUCUGAGGUUUAUUCUAAGUUUACAGUGCUUGGCUCAGCAUAACUUCAACAGCGAAAGUUUGGAUUUGCACUGUUUCGAGGUGGUGUUGGCACAUCCGAUAGAGGAGAAAGGCUCCACCGCCAAUAUGCAGGCGGGGUCGCAUCCGAAUUUGGUGAUUACCAGCACCAACAGCGGGAAUGUGAAGAGCUUGCGACAGUCGUAUAUGUUUGGAGUCCAUGAACGACAGGACAGGAAUGUAUGGGCGGGGAAGAUAUUACAAUCGGUUACGCGUGUGUUCCCCGAUAGCUGCCUGGCGGAGUUUACUCGAGCGGGUUGGUGUUAUAUGAAGAAAUCGGUGUCGUCCGGUUGGAGUGGAGCCUGGCUCUUGCUGGCUAAGCGACGAUUGUAUUUUUACAACUACCAGGAUCAUCAGUUGGAGCAGUUGGAUCUGCGGAAAGCUCGUUGUAUUGGAGCAAUCGAGUCGGAAGAAUCGAUCAGGAAUCUUCACAUCGAAGCCGGGCCGUCUCUGUUCAUCGAUUGUCCACCGUAUGCGAGGCUGUAUUUCAUUAUGAAUUCGCCAAGGGAGACCGGGAUUUGGAGGAGAAUUAUGAAGAAUACGGCGCACAAGAAUGGUACGAGUUUGCACAGUCAGCAAUUGACGCGGAACGAUGUCCCCGUACUGAUCGACAAGUGUAUAAAUUUUAUCUCUGCUCACGGAUCGAUGUCCGAAGGAAUCUAUCGGACAUGCGGAUCCUCAAGCCAGAUCAACAAAAUCCUCCAACUGUUCAAAGAGGAUGCCUUCGCGGUGCAGCUGACGCAUGCAGAGUUCAACGAAGCCGACGUUGCCGGAGCGUUGAAAAAGUUUAUCCGGGACAUUCCGAACUCUUUAUUCGGCGACUAUUCGGUCAGUUUCGUCAGUAUCGCCAAUUUAAAAUCCACCGCUCAAUCGCUGGAGCUGCACAAUAAGAUGGGUAUCCCGAAUCUGGCGAUGAUUUGGGGCUCAACGCUGAUGGCCAGCUCCAGCCAUAAUCUGGAGACGGAGCAGUACAGCUAUUCGAAGGACGAGGCAGACAUGGUGACGGAUUUGAUUAAGCUGUACGAGGACUUGUUCACCAUCACCCCGGAGGAGGUCAAGAAGGAACAGCUGAUGAUGCAGGAGCUGCAAAAAUUUCACACUGCUGCGGAGAAUCUGUCCGAUUCGGUGCAACAUUCCGGUGAUCUGAAGGUGUGGAUUACGAUCGAUUGUGAUGAUGGUGGGACUGUCGUCGGUGAUGGUGCUACUGGACAGCAGAAUGCUAAAACACAGAUUAAAGUAACGAUAACGACGACGAAGACGGCUUCCGACAUCUGCAAGGAGUUGGCUGCGAAGACCGGUUUCGAAUGGUACAACCUGACACUGUACGAAGUGAUUGCGGAGGGGGCACUGAUUCGGCCGGUUCAUCACAGCGAGCGGGCGCUGGAGAUUGUGCUGAAAUGGACCUACUGGGAUGAAGCGGAUCGUGAAACAAACUACCUGUCCAUUCGACCAAACACCACACUGAACGAAGUCUACCGGCACAUCAAGGAAUGCCCGAUCCUAACGCCCACCACGGAACUCAACUUCGCCGAUCGGUGCACAAAGACGCUCCUCAUGUGCAAGAUACUACAGAUCGGACGGGAGAUUAUCGUGCUAAAACAGACCGACAAGAAGGACAAGACAACGUACGAGGAGCUGAUGAAGAUUGACCUGAGAUGGGUGCAUGCCUAUCUCGGGCGGGAGGCGAAACGGGGCCAGCCGCGGCUCCGAUGGGCGAUUACGCUGGUGGAUCAUGAUUUCAAAAAACGAUCUCAAAAUGCACCCUUCAUAGGUCACCUCCUCGAAGGAGUAGAUUUCAGUGAUCAGAUUCUGUGGUAUUCCAGUAUUUUCUACAGUCUACACAAGGAUGACAUUUUGCCAAGUAGCGAUCAAUUUCCCUAGAAUUUUAGAAUUUUUUCUUGUAAAUACACACAUUAGGUUUAUGUGCUAUCAAAUAGUGUCUAUAAUCGCUAAUGACAAAAAUCUAUGUGUGAAAUCAAUAGGCAUUACGUUUACAUUUUUAUCAGUGUAUAUUUCUCCUUAGUGGAGAACCAUUCAGGUAAAAAAUAUGUUUUCUCCAUUGAAGAGAAAAUUGUUUGAAACCAACUUUGCGCGCGAGGAGCACAAAAUAUAUAACUAAAUUAGUUGUGGAAUUAGUGUUUCGACUUCGUCUCAUCAGAAUCCGACACUAUCUUAGUAACAGGACUAAGCUAGCACCGGAUUGACGCUAGCUCCAAAAAACGGAGACAAUUCGUGUUCCUGGGCAAACACAUACUCAAGCGUGAUGUCCCGCAAGAAAAGGAGCUCGUUUUAAGCUGAUUAGAACUAAUGAAAUCAGAACAUUUGGUUAGCCUUAGCUUAGUCCUGUCACUAAUUUAGUGUCGGAUUCUGAUGAGACAAAGUCGAAAUGCAAAUUAUAUAACUAAUGUAGAUUUCAGGUAUUUAAGAGUACA